AGCUGAUAUACACAGUAGAGUUGGAGCAGGAAGCCAAUCUCUCUGACACUGUGACACACUCUUUACAUAAUUCUUCUCAAGGAGGAUAUCACUUGCAACGCUUGCAGAGGUUUAGCGAGUUGAGUAAAAGAGCUUGUGUCUGGAGGUCUCGACUGGGAAAAACAUGGGAAACGAUAACUCCAAGACCAAAGAGCAGACCAAGGGUGGGACGAUAAACGAGAAGCAUAAAAAUGGAUCAGCAAAUGGCCUCUCUGCAAACAUCACAUCUAAUGGGUUGGAGAUUGCUGUUGAUGGUGAGACUGUAGUCCAGCAAAAUGGCGAGGCCCUCUCUUUAAACCUCGACACAAAAUCAGCGGCAUCUGAUUUCAUCGUAAUCGAAACGGACUCCAAACCUGUUGAAGCUCCAGUUAUUUCCGAAAACCUUGAAACCGUCAUCCAGAAGGAUGAGGUCAAGGAAAGUAAAGAAGCACCAACAGAUGACACAGCUAACCUAAAGGCAGAAUCAACAGUGCCAGAGAGUGUGACUGCAAACGCAGGGCCAGAGGAAGAGAGAGCUCCUCAAACUGAGAACGGAAACGGUCAACCUGCGGAAAACCAAACGGACGGUAACCCAGAAGAGAAUCCAGUUAUGAACUUCUUCAAAACACUUAUGACUCCCAAAACAACCAAAAAGGAAGCAGCAACUCCUGAUGCCACGAAAGACCAGUCCCAGAAGGAGACUCAACCAGCAGCAACCACCACUGUUGCACAAGUAUCUGAGCCGCCCGCAGCACCCAAAGGAAUGUCUGUCCCACCACCACCUCCCCCAGAGCCACCGAAAAUGGAAAUCAAAGGAGAACCGGCUGCCAAACCUGUCAAAGCCUCACCAAAGGAACAACCAAAAGCUGCUGCAAAGGAAGUCGGGUCCCCAAAAGGAAAAUCAGCCAAAGCUGCACUGAGCAAUCUCUUCCGUCCAAAGACAAUCAAGGAUGCACCACCAGAGCCAGCAGUAGAAGUAGAGGUACAACCAGUUGUAGAAGUACAGGAGACACCAGUGGAAGUGCCAGAGCCAGUUGUUGUAGAAGUCCAGAGUGAAAAUAAUGUUGAACCUCAGGAGACAGCAGAGGAGGUGGCACAGCCAGUUGUAGAGGAGCAGCAGGUGGUGGAUGCGGCACCACAGCCAGAGGUAGAAGAUGAGAAGGUGGAUCCCUCAAAAGCCGGAACUCUGGAGGCUGCUGUGAAGCCAGAACCACCACCGCCUGUUCAGGAGGAAAAGAAAACAGGCUCAAAAUCCUUCCUUUCUCUCUUCAAGCCCAAAGUACUGUUAGACCACAUGACCACAAAAGUCCAGGCAGCCUCCACAAGUGGAGUUCGGCUCCUCAGGAGAACAGCUGGAGUGGCUGCUGAUCCCAAGAAGGCGACCCCUGCCCCAGCUGCAGCAGCAGAGACAGCCAAACCCAAGGAGGAACCCAAAGCAGCAGCCAAGUCAGCAGAGGCGUCUGUAGACAACAAACCAGCUUCAGUGGCCUCCCAAGCUGCAGAUGAUGCCAGCGGGCCCAAGAAACUAGAGAAGAGGAACUCUGUCCAGCUGUUGUUUAAAUUCCUGGGUCAGAAACGUAACUCGACAGAUGCUGGGGUCCAGACAGAGCCAGUUGUCGUUGCUCCUGCAGCCGAGAAGGCCAAAUGAAACCAAAACCAACAAUGAUGUUUCCCUGUACAGACUCCUUGUCUCCUUCCUGCUCUCACUCAGUCUUUAUAUUUAUCUCUCUCCCUCUCUCUCAUUUCCCUCUCAACCCUUUUCGAAUUACUUUAACUACAUUUAUUUGUUUUGUUACUGUUUAGAAGUUACUAUACGGAAGGAAAAGUGACUGGAAGGAUAAAAGCAAGUUGUGAGAAAGGUGGGGAGGUAGUUGAACAAGUGGUGAUUUGAAUCGGUCAAAGGCUUGGUUGUUGAGAUAUAUAUAUUUAUAUAUAUUUUUGGUCAUAAAAAUGUCUUGACAAGUAUAGCAAUGUGAGUGUGAAACCUUUUCUACAGACAUUUAAUGUGAUUUCUGUCUGUUCUUGCAACCUAACACACUGGGCUUCAUCAGUAGACAGUACCAUGCUUUGCUUUCAGCAGUUAGUUUGUCAGACACAUUUAAAAACACACACACACACAGGAUCUAUUUUUACAGUUCAUACCGGAGAAAUCACGCUGCUGUGGCGACGCAGAUGAUAAUAUGAAAUGACACUGUUAAAAGUACUUAAUGAAAUUAAGAUUAACAGCUCCGAACAGAGCUGAUAAGAGGAGCAUGGUCGUAUAACAAACUGCACUUUUUAACUUUAUGUAAGCUAUAUGUAGACUAAAACACAUGUAUCCUAACAGUCAUGUAUCGGGCCAUAUGGGAGAAUCACAAUCUUUACUGUUCUGUGGGGAACUGAUUGUAAGUGUAACAAAUGCAUCGAAGGUGGCAGAAUGGUGUCGCUGUGCAAAUGUGUCCUCGUGGUACGUUUUGCAGUAGUCAUAAAUCACAGUCGAUUAGCUUUUCAUUUGAUUGCAGCACUUUGUGUCAUGUAAUUUAAUGGAAGUCUUUAUGGUGUUAGUCAUUUGUGUUUGGCAUAUGUGCAAUUAAUAUCAUGCUUAUGUUUGCCUAUAUGUAAGUAUAUGUGUAUGUGUAACUUCAGCUAUCUUGAAGACAAUAAAUAUGUACACCAUU